GACAUUAGCAUUGCCCGAAAGCUCAACGCUUGCGUUUAACGUACGAAGUGAAGUUUAGUCUGAUACUCGGAACGAUAUCGGAAAAAUGUCGUGGUUCAGAUCGGCGGUGAACAAAGCGGUGGAAGUUGGGAACAAAAACAACCUCACUCGCACCGUCAAAAACUACGCCGACAGCGUCGUCCAACAGGCCGGCCACGCCGUCGUUGAGGGUGCCAAAAUCCUCCAGGAUCGCAUUGCAAAUAGAAACUUCAAAAGCUUUAAACAGACUGUUAGAAGAUUGGAAGAAGCUUCUGUUUCCUGUAGGGGACCAGAAAGAAUUCAGUUAAUGAAGAGAUGGUUGGCAGUACUCAAAGAGAUUGAAAAGUUAUCUGAAAAUCCCAUUGAAGAUAAGGAGAAAAAUAAUGAAGAGCAUCAUCCAUCUGAAGAGCCAAAAAGUCCAAGAAGUCCACGAAAACAAUCUAUGGUUUUAUAUUAUGACCCUGAGAUGGGUGGUGCACCAAUGAAUUUUCGUGAUGUUUUCCUUUACAGUCAAGCUUUGGAGGGCAUAUCAAUAUGUAUGAUUCUUGAAGCACCAAAUGAAGAGGAAGUUUCUCUCCUGCUUGAAUUGUUUGGUAUUUGCCUUACUGGAGGAAAAGAAGUUCACAAUGCAAUAGUCAGCAGUAUACAGAAUCUUUCAAAAGCAUUUACAGGAUACAAUGAUGAAGUACUGGCAAAGAGAGAGGAACUCCUCCAGUUUGCUGAAGGAGCUAUCACAGGGUUGAAAAUUAAUGCGGAUCUUGGAAGCCAUGUUUUAUAUUAUGACCCUGAGAUGGGUGGUGCACCAAUGAAUUUUCGUGAUGUUUUCCUUUACAGUCAAGCUUUGGAGGGCAUAUCAAUAUGUAUGAUUCUUGAAGCACCAAAUGAAGAGGAAGUUUCUCUCCUGCUUGAAUUGUUUGGUAUUUGCCUUACUGGAGGAAAAGAAGUUCACAAUGCAAUAGUCAGCAGUAUACAGAAUCUUUCAAAAGCAUUUACAGGAUACAAUGAUGAAGUACUGGCAAAGAGAGAGGAACUCCUCCAGUUUGCUGAAGGAGCUAUCACAGGGUUGAAAAUUAAUGCGGAUCUUGGAAGAAUUGAUGCUGAGGUCUCCAUGCUGAAGAAGAGACUGGAUGAGAUGAGAGAAAAGAAAGAAUCUGUUGGUGAAGUUCAUGAAACAAUUUCCAAAGAGACUGCCCCCACCAUAGAGGCUUUGAAGGAAGCACUUGCACUUAUCCGAGUCUGUUCAAGAUUAGAAGCACUUCUACUGAAGAAGAAAACUCUUAAAUUUGGAGAUUCCCCUGAAAUUCAUGCUCAAAAGGUUGACAAGUUGAAAGUCUUAUCUGAAUCUCUUGUCAGCUCCAGCUCAAAAGCUGAGAAGAAGAUCUCUGACCACAGAGUUCAGAAAGAGGAAGCAUUAAGAUUUCGUGUUUCCAAGUCCGGUGAAGUCAGUGAAAUAGAGAAGGAAAUAACAGCUGAGAUUACUGCACUGGAGAAACAGAGAGAUGAACUUGAAGCACAAUUGAAACAGGUGAAUAUCUCCUUGGCUGCAGCUAAUGGACGCCUUCAAAAUGCUAGAGAGGAGAGGGACCAGUUCUAUGAUGCUAAUGAUCAGAUUGUUGCCCAUUUGAAAACUAAGGAAGAUGAACUAUCAAAGUCCGUAAGCUCAUGUAGAGUGGAAGCAGAUAUUCUUACUGCAUGGACCAAUUUUUUGGAAGAUACUUGGGCUCUUCAGUGCGCUUAUAUGGAGACUAAAGACAAGUUGGCCAAUGAUGAACUGGAAAGACAUGAAGAUUAUUUUGUGAACUUGAUCAUUGAACUCCUCUCUGCUUAUGAGAGAGAACUGAAGCCUUCUAUUGAUCGUAUAGGGAAAUAUGUGGAGAACUUGAGGAGUUUUGACAAAAGGUCAGUGGUGGCAUCUGGUGCGGAUCAUGAUGAUUCCAAGGUGUUGACCCCACGAAAAAAUCUUGAGGAGGAAUACCUGGAUUAUGAAGCCAAGAUUAUAACCACCUUCAGUGUGGUGGAUAACAUGAGGGAGCAGUACUAUGCUCACCAAGGGAAAAUCUCCAGGAAAAAUGAUUCAAAAGUCCAGGAACUUUUUGACAGUAUUGAAAAGUUGAGAGCAGAAUUUGAAUCAAUUGAGAGACCAAUUCUUGAAAUGGAGACUCCAGGCCAAGAGGCAGAGGCUUCACAUGGUGAAAGGCCACAAGAAAAUGUGAUAACUCCUGCAAGGGAGGUGAAAGAGAUUCCUGAAGCCAGGGAAAAGGAGCAAAAUGAACCUUCUGCAACUAAUGUUCAGAAGAAAGAACCAUCUGCUGCCAAACCAGAGGAGGCUCUAGACCCCAACACGGAAUUUGCCAAAUUGGAGUCUGAAUUUGGCACAGUCAACGUGGAUAACUCGGCAGAAGAGGUUGGUGACUGGGAAUUUGAUGAGCUGGAAAAGGAGUUGAGAAUCGAGGACUCUGCAACCCACAAGUAGAAAUGUCACACUAUUUAAAAAACUUAGUAUCCAAACUCUAAAAACAAUGAGCAGUUGUAUACUUGUGUGUGUAUGCUUGGGAGAAAUGAUUCCUAGGCUCAAGGUUCAAACAAUUAGGCCUGGGAAUUGCUUCGUGUAUUCUCUGAAAUGCUGUACCGAGUAUUUGUUUUCAUGUAAAUACUCAAUUUGGUGUAACACUGUGUUUUGCGUAACAAACACAUAGAACUUUCUUCCAGCUACAGAAAAGAAAUCUUUUGUUUUUUCCCUCUAUUGGGAUC